CUGCUUGCUGAGCAGAAGGCAGUGCUGGAAGAAUUUUUGGAGAUCUUUCCCACGGCGGCCCUCUAUUGGCAGCGGUAUGCAGAGGCGGAGAUUCGAGCAGGGAAUGUGUCGGGCGCCAAAUCUGUGUUCAGCCGCUGCCUGCUGACCUGCCUCAGUGUGGACCUCUGGCGGACCUACCUGCGCUUCAUCAAGCAGGCAUGCCGCACAACAUACCAAUACAUCAGUUUACAGCACUAUUGGCAACACAGAAGUGACGCCCCCAGGGGUCCGGAUGGAAUGGACGAGGUCAGGAAAGCCUUCGAAUUCACACUUGACAAGAUCGGCGCUGACAUUGGCGCUGGCCCGCUCUGGCAGGAAUACAUCGCUUUCUUGCAGGGGCCGCCGGUCAAUUCGCCGGCGUUCCUGACGCUGUUUUCCGGGGGCGUUGCCGGCCAGGAGGACACCCAGCGAUUCACCUUGGUCAGGCGGGCGUAUCAGCGGGCGCUGGUUGUCCCAUGUGCCUCGCUGGAGGCGCUGUGGCGUUCGUACGAGCAGUUUGAGCAGAGCGGCUCCAACAAGGCCCUCGCGCGCCGCAUCCUGGACGAGCAACGCCCCAGUAUAAAGGGGAUCAAUCGAUGCGCAGGCAUGGGCGGCCUUGCGCAGGCGUCGCAGGCAUCUGCAUGGCGCGAUUACAUAAUGUGGGAGCGCCAGAACGGGCAACGCCUGGACGGGCCUCUUCUGGCAACGCGCGUGGCACUCGCCUAUGAGCAGGCGCUCAUGCCUCUGCGACAUUUCCCUGAGGUGUGGCUGGAGUUUGCCAGGUGGCAGGCGGCUGAGGGCGGCAGCGGCCCGGCCGCAGCCGCCUCAGUCCUCGGACAGGGCAGAAAGGCGCUGUUCAGCUGUCUGCUGCUCCACUUUGCGGCGGCAGAUCUCGAGGAGUCCCGGGGGAGCACCGAAGCCGCGCGCCGCGUCUACGAGGACCUCGUGGCCGGCCUCGUGCCAAAAGAGGACGCCCCGCCAGACCAGGCGGCCAGCCCGCAGCUUUCGCCAGAGCUGGGCGGUCUGGCGUGGGUGCAGUAUAUGCGCUGGUCGCGGAGAGCCGAGAGCGUCAACGCAAGCCGCAAACUCUUCGUGCGCUGCAGAAAAUGGCCCGAAUGCCCCUGGCAGGUCUACGCAGCGAACGCACUGAUGGAAUGGCAGUCGGAGAGAUCAGACAAGAUCCCACGCAACAUUUUCGAGCUCGGGCUGAAGGCCUUCCUGGGCGAGGCAGGCUAUGUGCUGGCCUACGCUGACUGGCUGCUCUCUAUUGGUGACGCCGACAACGCAAAACAGCUUUUUGAGCGCGCUCUGGCG